AUGGGGAAAGACUGUUUGCUCAUGCUGGUGUACAAGGAUAAAUCUGAACGAGCAAAAGGGCAUAAGGAGAGGAGCAGCAUGACCUUAGAAGACAUCUGUGGCUUGGAUCCUGGGCUCUCCUAUGAGGGCUUGAAUCACACGCUUGCAAUCAUCUGUCUCUCUCAAGUUGUGAUGCUGGGAUUUGAGAACAAGGAAACAAUGCAUGCGUGGGAUGUACGAAUCCGCUACAGUUUGGGGGAAGUUCAUAGAUUUCAAGUUUUUGUAGCACCUGGCACUAAACUAGAGAGCGGGCCUGCUACCCUGCAUUUCUGCAAUGACAUACUCGUCCUUGCAAAAGACCUUCCUCCUAGUGUCAUGGGGCAAUGGAAGCUCUCAGAUCUGCGUCGGUAUGGAGCUGUCCCAAAUGGAUUCAUCUUUGAAGGGGGUACCAGGUGCGGCUUCUGGGCUGGAGUUUUUUUCCUUUCUUGUGCUGAAGGAGAGCAGAUCAGCUUUCUAUUCGACUGUAUCGUCCGUGGCAUCUCCCCGACGAAAGGCCCUUUUGGUUUGCGUCCAGUCCUACCAGAUCCAAGUACAAAUCCAGCCUACUCAGAAGAAAGAUUGGCUCAUGAAGCUUUGCAAUUAGAAAAGCGCUUGAGCUUGCUGUCCCAUACAAGUCGCCAGGGCAGUGGAGGAGACGAUAGAAGUCUUUCAAGCUCAUCUUCAGAUACCAGCCACUCGGAUGUUAGUGUUGGGAGCAGGUUGACAAUUUGGCCUGAACAAUCUUCAGCCAGCACUUCUCAAGAGAGUCAUGGACUGGCAGCUGCAAAGGGCAUUCAUCUUGGGGAAGAAAAGACCCUUCCAGAAGGGGCACGUGGCACCACAAAACCGCCUCCAAAGCCCCUCCGAUCCAGACAGCUACAGGAAAUAGGUCGUCAGAGCUCUUCUGACAGUGGAAUAGCUACUGGUAGUCACUCUUCUUACUCUGGAAGCUUCUCUUCCUAUGCUGGGAGCUUGGACAUUUGCCACGGUGAUGAGUUUGGAUCAUUGCUAAGCUUGCCAUUGAACUUUCCUUCGGAUCAGAGUUUAUGUACUUGUCCUCACAGUGAGCCCCAGAGAGGUGUGGGAUCAGAGUAUCAGGUUCCCAGCUCUCUCAGACAUAUUUAUGAUAUACCCAGGAGUUUGUUACAGGCAGCUUCUAAAGAUGUGCAGCCGAAGAGUGCAGAUUCCAUGCUACCCAAGGACCAGGCCCUGUCACCUCAAGGUGCUAGUGACCCAAAACUGCUACUACCACACCUGGAAGCACGCAGGGUACCUGAGCACAGCCAGGACAGAGGGAGGCCUUCAUCCGUACUCGCAGAAAGCAUCAAGGACUCGAGUGAUGGGACAUAUGUGGAUUUUGUUUCAAGGUGGUCAGACACAAAACCACAAGGACAGGUGUCAGACUCCAAAAGUAGUGAGUUGUCACCACCUAGUGGGGCCUCAGCUGACCCCUAUGACACAUGUAGCCCCCACCUUGGGAUGACCAGAGCUCUUUUUUCAGCCUGUCCAAUCUGUGGUGGACUAAAGGGAACAGCAAUAUUACAGUCUGGAGUCUUACCAGCUAUACCAGGUGGUGCUUCUGUCAUGGCAGCUUCUGGGUCUUUGAAAGUACAUAGAGGGCACAGUUUCCAAGCUGGUCCUAAAGGUGGUUAUGAGAUGCUAACACUUCCUGCAGAACCUGGAACUCCUACUAGCCCUGAGGAACCUGAAGGGGCAGUAGGUUAUUCAGCUGAUGUUCCUGCAUCAGAUCGUCCCCACAGCGAGACAGCCACCUAUGUUAAUAUUCCUGUCAGCCCUACUUCCAAAAAACAGCUUCAUUACAUGGAAUUGGAACUUCAAGAACCUAGCACAAGCAUAAGAGGGAGUGGAUCAUCCCGAUAUGCCCAAAUUGACAUUGCAGCCACCGAGACAGCCCACAAAGUGGGAACGCAGCAUGCUCAGUGCCGGGAGGAACGCCUGCAAGAGCUAGAGCAGAAGAGGAAAGGGGCUCAGCAAUGACCUGUCUAAGAAAGAACUUUUUGCUCACCAUAAAUUGGUACUAAUUUAUCUUCCAAAAGAUCACAUAUUGUAAAAACUACUCAUACAAAAAGCUGCCAUUGCUUAUUGUAUUUAUACCAGAUUCAUUCCAAUAUCUUGAUUCCUAAUUGGAAAGCUGGUAGCAUGAGGGGUGUGUGUGGUCUUUCUUUUUAUUUUAAUUUGGUUUUAAAGUCCUGAUUUUUUUUUCAUAUGCAAUGACAAAUGUAAGUUACCUUUUUCUAUAAUUCUAAAAUCCUGGAGAACCUGGAACCAAUUCCAGUGUUUAUUAAAUGGUGGCAUUUUCUUUAAAAACGAAGAACUUGAAUGUG